AUGCCAGAGCAAUUGUGGCCUUUUUUGGCCUAUAGCACCGAAACAGUGCUGGGGAAAGAUAUGAGUAUAAACUUAGUAACAACCAGCCUCUUAAGAGUGGAACCAUUUAUGAUAAUUCUGGCGUUUAGUCAAUACUUUCGUCGGACACCACUGGAAGUGCUAAUUCAGGACAAACUCUGUAGAAAUCGGUAUAAUAUGUCCGAAGAGUUUUGCCUACAAUUGCCGUAUAUGUCGGACGUGGAGACCGGACACGAGAUAAAGACCCUGAUAUUGUCCGACGCCGUGAAGUACAACAUGUAUCACACGUGGAUCACAAUGGCUCCGGGCAUUGUCUGGUCCAUAUUCCUGGGCCCCUGGAUUGAUAAGUAUAUCAAUGGCCGCAAAGCGAUAUUUAUCAUCGGUUCCAUCACCCAGUCCUUGGAGGCGGCCAUGAAUGCGCUUAAUUCAUACUUUUUUACCACAAAUAUAAAUUGGAUUUUAAUCUCGUUCAUACCGUACACACUGUCCGGUUCGAUGACAUACACGACCGCCUAUUCCUAUGUCGCGGUCACCACUCCUACCAAAUACCGUACGUUACGUAUGUCUGCUCUCGAAGUAUUAAUAGCCAUAGCCCAACCGCUGGGAGUGUACACAUCGGGUAAAUUAAUAACAUGUACGCCAUUGGGAGGCAACGGACAGCUUCAUAACUAUGGGCUUAUAUUUGCGAUCAGCAGUUUGGGUGCAUUCGCAGCGUUUCUAUGGGCCGUCUUCGCCAUCAACCAGGAGACCGAUCGGCAGCUGUUUCGACACCAUUUCGGCGAUUGUCGACCACUUCUGGCCGACCGGACGGCCGAACAAAGUGCCCAAUUCGCCGCAAACACCGAAUACAUACACCCCUUAAGGCUGUUGUUUAACGUGAAUAAUGUGCGCGAAAUCGCCCAGACUUUGACCAAACGUCGGCCCAAUUACGUGAGGGCGCAGAUAUGGCUCGUGAUUGCGGCUCCGGUGGCCUUUCUAUUCCAGUUCGUCGAGAAGAUCUACCGCUGGGACGCCCGGGUCUACACUGAACUCAGCUCGAUUGGUAUGAUCGCCAACUCGCUAGUGGUAAUUUUCAUCACACCCCUGCUCAUCAAGGUGUUCAAAUUUAACGACAUGAUUCUGGCCAUAAUCGGAUUUUCCGGCUCAUUCAUGCAGUUGAUUGUGUUGGCGCUGAUCCGCACACCACUCGGCUAUUUCGUGUCGCUUGUGGUCAACUGUACGGCCAGUUUGGGACCCAUCGGUUAUAAGACACAUCUGUCCAAAAUAGUAGACGCGUCUGAAUUGGGCAAAGUUUUCACCCUAAUGGCGGUAAUCGACGGCUUUGCACCAAUAUUUGCCGCAUCCAUAUUUACCGUGAUUUUUCAGCGCACAAUCGACACGACCCCCGGCCUAUGCUUUCUCAUUCUGGCCGCCGUUUCAAUAGUACCGAUACUCAUUGCGAUGGUCAUCGAUAUCGUCGACCGCCUGGCCAUUGACACCAAUAUUGAUACAAUUAAGGCUAACAUUGAGGCAAAUGCUAAAUGUAAUAACAAUGAUGACAGUAAUUAUGGUAAUUACCAGAGUAUUAAAUGCGGUCGCGCCGAUCGGGACAAACGUCUGGCCAGUUAUUGUCAGUACGGCUGCAAAAAGGGCCGCAAAGCUGGCCGUAAAUACGGGUACAUCGAGUCGGAGAAUGAUUGCGGUGUCGCCGACGACGACUUCCUGGUCACUGACCCGACCACCAGCUCAGCCAUUACUGAUCACACCGACAGUCUCUGUAUUGCCUGUUGUGACGGCACCUGUUGUUUGAGUACAUAG